AUGUCUUUACUAACCCAGGCGUCUUGUUCUACUGUGUUUGGGAUUUUAGGGUCUCUAGAAAAAAAUGUUUUACACGUGUAUACGAGAUUUAAUUAACACAGAGAAGGUAACGGCAUUUUAAAAAAAAAUCGAUUUCAAAUCCUGACUAUUAACUUCCAUUAAAAUCGAGGACGAAUCGCAGGGAGAUUUUAAAAUGCCCAGAGCUGAUUCCUCUAAAUUGAACAAAAUCUGCGCUGGUAUUAAAGAAAAAACUAUGAGUUAAACUUUACAACGGGGAAAUAAAAGGUUUUGAGGCGGGCAGAUUUCUGCGGCUCCUGAUGUGGCACUGAUAGUAAAGAAGGUUUUCACUGAGCAACGAGAGGGUUUUAAUCAAGCAGCAAGAUUGUGGGAGUUUCAAAAAAUUAAAAAUCAAUGGUCUGUCAUGUUAAAUCGUGCCUCUUUUUUCUAUCUCUAUUUACUUUCGAAAUUCCUAGCACAGAAGACUAAAUAGAUAAUAGAAACUAGCUUCUAAAAUUAUUCCAAGUAGAGUUCUCUUUCACUGACUAAAAUACUUGCAGUGAAAAAUAUUUACUAAUAGAUACGUAUACGUAUGUGUGAAUAUGUGUACAGUACGCACAAAGACCCCUUUAUUCGGAAGGAAAAGCUAUUUGGGUUACCGGUCUGAAUAGUCCCAAAUCGCGAAAAUAUUAAUGUCAAAUGACCGCCCCAACAUUGUAUUUAUCUGAAAAAAAAGCCGCCGACCAUAAAACUAUAUAGAAUUUGACUCCACUUGGAAAACUACUAUACAAUAUUUAUUUUUAAUAGGUACCUGCCAUUUAAAAUCGUCAGUACAGCUUUUCUUAAGCGACUGCAACACAGGACUGUAAUUGUUGCCAGUAUGUGAGGAUUUAUAUUUUUCAAUAGGUUUAAAUAUGCAUCACCCUAAAAAGAGGUCGAAGUUGUUUCUGUAUUUAAAAAUCUAUAGCAGAACAGAAGAGGAAGGAAUUAAAGAAUAAAAGAAAGCUAUUGAAAAUAAAAGCAAAUGUUUUCCUCAAACUCCUGCAUUAUUCCUGGUUUUGUGGUCUGCAGCCGAUAGCCCGUUACAAUUGGUACAUACUAAUGGAACUGUGAGAGAAAUGCAAUAAUUUUGCUAUAAUGGGCUGUAACCUCGAGUCGACCCCAGCCCUGCAGACCCUGGCUGGAAGCGUGAAGAUCUAACUAGUCUCCAGAGGGUGGCGCAAGAGUCCGACUGACAAUCAGGAGCUGGAAGCGGGAGCGCGCCUUGGGCGCGCGCGCCAACCCUCCAGCAUCCACCCAGCUCCCCCAUUAGUGCACGAGUUUACCUCUAGAGGUCAUCAGGCAGGAUUUACGACUGGACAACAAAAGCACGUGAUUUGAAGUCGUACCCCAUAUUUGGGUGCCUACGUAGGAGGGAACCAAGUACAUGUCCCAGUCAUUUCCAUAAUUCAUCAUAAAUUGUGCAAGGGUGCUAUAGACGCACAAAACGACCAAGAGCCACAAAUCAAGCACACAUAUCAAAAAACAAAUGAGCUCUUAUUUUGUAAACUCAUUUUGCGGUCGCUAUCCAAAUGGCCCGGACUACCAGUUACAUAAUUAUGGAGAUCAUAGUUCCGUGAGCGAGCAAUACAGGGAUUCAGCGAGCAUGCAUUCCAGCAGGUACGGGUACGGCUACAAUGGCAUGGAUCUCAGCGUUGGGCGCUCAGCUUCCAACCACUUUGGUGCCAAUGAAAGAUCUCGCAAUUACCCAGCCACUACCACCUCUGCAUCGACAGAGCCCAGGUAUAACCAACCUGCAACGUCUUCACAUUCGCCUCCACCUGACCCUCUGCCCUGUACCGCCGUGGCCACUUCGCCUGUCAGCGAGAGUCAUCACGGGGUGAAAAACUCCAUAGCUAACUCUACCAGCACUUCGUCCAAUUCCAGCAGCAGCACUCACAUAAGCAGAGAGGGGGUUGGCACGUCGUCUGGCACUGAGGAUGACACCCCAGCAAGCAGCGACCAGGCAAGUGCCCAGAAUGACCAAAGCACAGCUCAGCCUUCACAGCCCCAGAUCUACCCCUGGAUGCGAAAACUGCACAUAAGUCAUGACAACAUAGGGGGACCAGAAGGAAAAAGGGCUCGGACUGCUUAUACCCGAUAUCAGACCCUGGAGCUGGAAAAAGAAUUUCACUUCAAUAGAUACCUGACCCGCAGAAGAAGGAUUGAAAUAGCACAUGCUCUUUGCCUCUCAGAGAGACAAAUAAAGAUCUGGUUCCAAAACAGGAGAAUGAAAUGGAAAAAGGAUAAUAAGCUGAAAAGCAUGAGCAUGGCAGCUGCAGGAGGGGCUUUUCGUCCUUAAGAAAUUGAUCAAUUAAAAAGUACUGAGCAGUAUUAGUUGACCCUGCGCAUAAUGUCAGUACUAAGUUGACUUUCUAAAACUUCCUUGUGUUACUUCUGUGAAGAAACCUUGUUCUUGUCGCCCUAAUUCAUCUUUUAAUCAUGAGCCUGUUUCUUACCAUUAUAUCGCGUGUAUAAGUAGAUCUGCUUCCCAUACAUUUCUUUGUCUUGAAUGGCUUUGUCUUGAAAAUUUAGAUGUUUUAACUUAUUUAUAUGAAGCGAGCUGUGUUACUUGAAGUAACUGUAAAAAAGAGAGAGAAUUCCCCUCCUUUAGUACAAAUGUUAUGUGUUGCACUCAAUUUGCUUAACUGUGCAUGUGUGUUUAAGUGUUAAUAACUGUAUAGCUCCAAGCUGUUAAAAUAUUUUUAUUCAAACUACCUAUAUAAUUCUUGUGUAAUUAAUUCUGUUGUAGAGGUGAAAUGAUGAAAUACAACUGAACUUGUCCUACGUGUAGUGAAUAGUGAAUCUGUGACGAAAACUGUGAUUCCAAGCAGUAUGUCCUUGCUGUGCCUUUGUAUGACUCUUUGCACGAACUCCUAGAAGUGGCUCUUAUUAAGCGCAGCAUCAGUAAUGUAUGUUUUUUGUGAACAAAGUUACAAAUAUAGUCAAAGUCUGGCUGUUUGAGCAAACUGUGAUCAGCUUUCUUUUUUUUUUUUUUUUUUUUUUUUGCUUUUUUUUGUAUUUGUUUUUUAAAAAAACUGACUGGAAACAAACAGACAAAAAUAAAUAAAUAAACUUUCUAUUGUAA